GGCCGGCCGACGGGCGAGCGAGAGGGCCGGCCGGGGAUGCCGCUCGGGGCGCCGCGGUCCUCGUGUCAGUGAGCGCCGCGCGCCGCCGCAGCCAUGACGGUGGAGUUCGAGGAGUGCAUCAAGGACUCGCCGCGCUUCAGGGCCACUAUUGACGAGGUGGAAACGGAUGUGGUGGAGAUCGAGGCAAAACUAGAUAAGCUGGUGAAGCUGUGCAGUGGCAUGAUCGAGGCUGGCAAGGCCUACGUCACGACCAACAGGCUCUUCGUGAGUGGUGUUCGAGACCUGUCCCAGCAGUGCCAGGGUGACACCGUCAUCUCGGAAUGUCUGCAGAGGUUCGGAGAUAGUCUGCAAGAGAUGGUCAACUACCACAUGAUCCUGUUUGACCAGGCCCAGAGGUCUGUGCGCCAGCAACUCCACAACUUCGUCAAAGAGGACGUGCGGAAAUUCAAGGAGACCAAGAAACAGUUUGACAAAGUUCGGGAGGACAUGGAGCUGUCCCUCGUGAGGAAUGCCCAGGCUCCACGGCACCGGCCCCACGAGGUGGAGGAAGCCACAGGUGCCUUGACCCUCACCCGGAAGUGCUUCCGUCACCUGGCACUAGACUAUGUGCUCCAGAUCAACGUACUCCAGGCCAAGAAGAAGUUUGAGAUCUUGGAUUCUAUGCUGUCCUUCAUGCACGCCCAGCACAGCUUCUUCCAGCAGGGCUAUAGCCUGCUGCACCAGCUGGACCCCUACAUGAAGAAGCUGGCAGCCGAGCUAGACCAGCUGGUGAUCGACUCGGCAGUGGAAAAGCGUGAGAUGGAGCGAAAGCACGCUGCCAUCCAGCAGCGGACGCUGCUGCAGGACUUCUCCUACGAUGAGCCCAAAGUGGAGUUUGAUGUGGAUGCGCCCAGCGGUGUGGUGAUGGAGGGCUACCUCUUCAAGAGGGCCAGUAAUGCCUUCAAGACGUGGAACCGGCGCUGGUUCUCCAUCCAGAACAGCCAGCUGGUCUACCAGAAGAAGCUCAAGGACGUGCUCACUGUGGUGGUGGAUGACCUCCGUCUGUGCUCCGUGAAGCCGUGUGAGGACAUCGAAAGGAGGUUCUGUUUUGAGGUCGUGUCACCCACCAAGAGCUGCAUGCUGCAGGCUGACUCAGAGAAGCUGCGGCAGGCCUGGGUUCAGGCUGUGCAGGCCAGCAUUGCCUCUGCCUACCGGGAGAGCCCGGACAGCUGCUACAGUGAGAGGCUGGACCGCACGGCGUCUCCAUCCACAAGCAGCAUUGACUCUGCUACGGACUCGCGGGAGCGCAGUGUCAAGGGUGAGAGUGUGCUGCAGCGUGUACAGAAUGUGGCUGGCAACAGCCAGUGUGGUGACUGUGGCCAGCCAGAUCCCCGCUGGGCCAGCAUCAACCUGGGGGUGCUGCUCUGCAUUGAGUGCUCAGGCAUCCACAGGAGCCUGGGUGUCCACUGCUCCAAGGUGCGGUCCCUGACUCUGGACUCCUGGGAGCCAGAGCUGCUGAAGCUGAUGUGUGAGCUUGGAAACAGCACCGUGAACCAGAUCUAUGAGGCUCAGUGUGAGGGGCCAGGUGGCAGGAAGCCCACAGCCAGCAGCCCGAGGCAGGACAAGGAGGCCUGGAUCAAGGACAAGUAUGUGGAAAAGAAGUUCCUGCGGAAGCCGCCGUUGGCACCAGCCCGGGAGGCCCCCCGGCCCUGGCGGGCGCCAAAGUGCCAGCGCCACCACAGCUCUCCCCGGGUCCCUGCUGCCCACCGCAAGGUCCGGCUGGAGCCCAUCCUCCCGUCUGUGGCUGCUCUGUCCUCAGGUGCUGUGGAGCGCAAGUUCCGGAGGGACUCUCUUUUCUGCCCAGAUGAGCUGGACUCCCUCUUCUCCUAUUUCGAUGCUGGGGCUGCUGCAGCCGGUCCACGGAGUCUGAGCAGUGACAGUGGCUUAGGGGGCAGCUCUGAUGGCAGCUCUGACGUUCUGGCCUUCGGUGCAGGCUCUGUGGUGGACAGCGUCACUGAGGAGGAGGGUGCAGAGUCUGAAGAGUCCAGCGGUGAGGCUGACGGAGAGGCAGAGGCCUGGGGUGUGGCAGACGUGCGCGAGCUGCACCCUGGUCUGCUGGCCCACCGGGCGGCUCGGGCCCGAGACCUGCGAGCGCUGGCCAUGGCGCUGGCGCACGGGGCAGAGGUCAACUGGGCCGACGCAGAGGACGAGGGCAAGACGCCACUGGUGCAGGCUGUGCUGGGGGGCUCCCUGAUUGUCUGUGAAUUCCUUCUGCAAAACGGAGCAGACGUGAACCAAAGAGACAGCCGGGGCCGGGCGCCCCUGCACCACGCCACCCUCCUGGGACGCACAGGUCAGGUCUGCCUGUUCUUGAAGCGGGGGGCUGACCAGCACGCCUUGGACCACGAGCAGCAGGACCCGCUGAGCAUCGCCAUCCAAGAGGCAAACGCAGACAUCGUCACGCUGCUCCGUCUGGCACGCAUGGCCGAGGAGAUGCGUGAGGCCGAGGCGCCCCCCGGCCAGCCGGGCCCCCUGGCGGGCAGCAGCCCCACGGAGCUCCAGUACCGCAGGUGCAUCCAGGAGUUCAUCAGCCUCCACCUGGAGGAGAGCUAGGGCCCCGCCCCGCCUGGGACUCCCCCCACUUCCUGGAGCCCCGGCUGCCUGCUCGGCCUCCUCAGAGCUGCCCCGGCCGCUCCGGGGGCUGAGAGAGGGACCCCAGCACUGAGUCUUAUGAAGCCCCACAUUUCCCCUUGGGAGGCGCUGCAUCAUCUGAUGCCCCUCGCCACACCUGGGGACGCUAUGUCUUCAGGUGACCCCUUCCAUGGGAGCCUGGGUUGCUCAUGUCACAAACCACUCUCGAGGCUCCAUGCCACGUGUGCCCCACAGACGCCCCCCACCUCCGGGGCCGUGUCACCUCGUGCCCCGACCUUUACUGCCGUGGAACACUGACCUGCUAGUUGGGUCCCUCCGACACACCCUCAGAGCCCCUCUGCUGGGCCCUGGAGCUGGUGGCUGGCCGCCAGCACCUUUCAGGGGCAGGAAGGGCAGCCCAUCCAGGGAAUCAACCCGUGUACCUCACUUAGUGACCGGCAUCCAGGCUGGGCUUCUCGGGUGCUGGGGGUGGGCUGUGGCCUGGGGCCUCAGCCCUGGCGGGACGCAGGCAUCCCAAGGCCACGCGGCUGGCCACGCAGGCCCCAGUGCUGGGCAGCCCGAGACCCGUCCCUGCCUCUCCAGGUGCACUUGGCCCAGAGUCGGUGCAUAAAGGACUUUGGCACUUUCCACUCCUGCAUCCGACAUUCUUUGUCACAGACUGAGCGGAUUUUCUACAACGAUCUCUUUCUCACUU